CGAAUAAACUGUCCUAGCUGCCCGAUCCCGGCUGCCCCUAGAGUAUUUCACGUCCUAUUCGGGACGGUUCUGACUGGAACUACAUAUAGUAGUGAGGAAAGUCGUGUAUAGUGCCUUUCCAAAGGGCACAAAGUCGGUGAUCAGUGGACUUUAACCUGGGACCUCAGGGUUCAGGGCCAAACACCCUGCCAUUUCGCCACAUGAUCAUGACCUCACGCAGACGGAAUAGGACCAUUUUGUGCUAGCUACCCAAAGUUGUCCCUUUUAGUUUGAAUACUGACCAAACCGGUUUGGUCAUUGACCCUAUGAGUUCGUGCCCCGUACAACUAGUUUGGGUAAACAACAGCAAUUUUUGACAACGUCCAAAGACCACUUUCCAGUCGAUUCACCAAACAUGGCGGACACGGGACCCACCGACACUCCCCAGGGUAAGGAGGCGGCCCCUCAUGCGUGUUGUCCCGAGGUGUACACCAAACCGCCUCCGCAGCCGACCGAGAAGAAACCGGGACAACUCAGCCAGGAACAAGUCAGGCAGUACUUCGACGAGGGGUACGUGUUAGUGAAGGACUUCUUCAAGCCAGAUGAACUGCAGCCCGUCAGAGAUGCCGUUGAGGAUUUGGUGGACGAACUGGCACAGCGCAUGCACAAAGCCGGCAAAAUAACAGACACACACCAGGAUGCGGGGCUUUUCUCCCGCCUGACACUACUCAACAAUGACUUCCCAGGAGCGGCCGUCGUCCUGCACAAGAAGGGAACACUCCCUCAGGCUUUUCGUGACCUUUGGUCCAAUGAGCGUCUUCUGAACGUCAUGGAACAGUUCAUAGGGCCAGAGAUAGCCGGACAUCCGAUCUGGAAUCUUCGCACUAAGACACCUCGUAAUGAAGAAGUGACAGUACCGUGGCAUCAAGAUAACGCCUACUUGUCGGUUCACUCCAUUGGGACCUUGCAGCCAACCGCGUGGAUUCCCCUGCUGGACACUAACAAGGACAACGGCUGUAUGCAGGUUGUUAAGGGCGGACAUCGGAAGGGCAUCACGGCCAGUCACGUGUGCUGCGUCGGCGGCACGUGGUACGUGGAACUCCCGGAGGACGAGAUCCAGAACACCCUGGGGUGUGAUCUCAAAAAUGACAUCGUGACUUGUGAGGUUCCCUAUGGAGGUGUACUCUUCCUAAACAACGCCAUUCCACACAGAAGUCUGGAGAACAACACGGACAAGAUCAGAUGGAGUCUGGACCUCCGUUGGCAGCAUCCCGACAAGCCUUGCGGCUUCGAGGGCAUCAAAGACGUCAUCCCCAUGCGGUCAGCCAAGAACCCGGAUCUGAAACCAGACUGGGAGAAAUUUGAGUCCGUCGACCGAACAGGCAACCAACAAAGACAGAUGAACAACGAGGCCGGAGCGGAAGACGAGUUCGACACGACCAUCCAGGGCCCGUGGAUGCUGCGGUGGGAGAUAGUGAACCAUAACAAGCACACCAGGAGCAUCCUCGGGGAAGACAGGAGCAAGAACCCCAACUGGACCAAAGCUUAAUUGAAAUUCACGUCAUUAAAGAUAUAACGUUUAUGCCAAAAAAGUAUCAAAGCUCAAACUAGAGCUAGAGUCCCACGACCUCAUACCUUCGCCAAAUGAUAGUAACCGUUUUGAGUGAAGCAUGAUAAGUGUUUCCAUUAAUUAUGCAAAUAAUGUCCUUAGUUGCAUAAAUUGUCUCAGUUCAAAUUGCUAAAAGCAAUGAUGUUAAUAUUAUCAAAGAGAGCUAAUGUAGCAUUUCCUAAUAAAGCAUGUACAAAAUGGUUUGUAUAAUUUAUGCAUGUUUAUCGUUAUAGGUAGCUUCGUAAUUCCUUAGGUAUGAUAUACCCAUCAUUUACCACGUUGUAACUAUUCAUUAAUCAUGAAAAUAAUGUCUUUAUUUGCGUGUCCUAUGAUGGAAUGCAGUGGAUUUGUAAACUUUUUUUCUACCUAGCCUCAUGAUUGAGUUAACGUGUGAAUGGGCGCUUCCGAGAGGUGAGAAGGUACCGAAAAUGUAAUCACUCCAAACAACACUAUAGUAAACAUGGUAAACGUUUGUCUGAUGUACUUUGUACUGGUACUUUGCAACAAGGCUGUGAAGGUCAAAAGAGAAGAAGUCAUGCUAUUUUAAUAUUUAAAUAUGGUGUCAUGGUACGAGCGUAAACAGUAUAAAUAUCUGGAUAUCUUUAAGACCCCAAUAGUGCCAUGUUUUGUAUUAACUAUGCUUUUAGAUAUGUACGUUUGUCCGGGUCCGACAAAGACAAGGAACAAUUUCUCUUCUUAGAAUCAAAAGAAACAAUAACUUA